CGUCAGCAAUUUGAAGCUCUACGGCGUUUUGCAGCAAACUAGUAUACUCUAGAGCUCAUCAGAUUGAGCACCAUUUGUGACUGCAUUUACAUUUGUGAAAGGUUUGGAAAUGGGGUCAAUGAACUUUUAGGUUUCUGUGCGGUAGAGUUGGAAUGAUUGACCGAGGAUGUGAAGACGAUGCAAUUGCAGACUUUGCGCAAUCUUUUGGACGGAGGACUAUAUUUCUUGUGCUGUGAGAUGAGCUGUAUUUGAAUUAUGGAGGAUGAGCAGGAAAAUAUAGAGUCCAUGGAGACGAUCGUGCCGCGGCCGCCUGUGUUGCUGGCAGAACGUGUGCGAGCCCGGCCUCGCCACUCCCUCCCCCGUCGGCUUGCGCGAGCCGCGCGAGCGGCGUUACAGUCACAUUUCCCAUCCCUUCCCCCACUGAAAACAUCCGCCUCUUCGCGCAUACCCCUGGCGCCUGAACGCGCGACGGGGCUCUUUCGUUCGGGUGCGUUAGAGACGCACAUUGCACGCGCGUUGGGGAACACCGUAGGAUUGGACGAAAUCUUAACUGUGAACAAGGAACCUCUGAAACUCUUCUCUUCUGUGAAGAACCUCCCUGGCGCUGUCACUUAUGCCGCUGUCUCCAGGAAUGAAGUAUCACAGUCCUUACAACUAUCUGGAAAGCAUCCGUUGGGGCCUACGACAGUGUGUGAGACUAUAGUACAAGGCACAAAAGUCUCGUUACUCGAGCUUCAGCUGAGGAUAAAUCAUACCCUAACCAGCCCUCUGCAAUCUGACCCAGUGCUGUCCGAGGCACCAGGCCGCAUUGCCCUGAUCACCGCAACUGAUUUUCAAUCUCGUCAUCGAGUGACAAUGGAGAGCACCUUAGGGAGCGAGAAACACAAGCAUUCUCUGUCAACCGUUGUAUCUUCUGAUUUGCGCGCCAAGUUAUCAUGGGGCCUAUCUACCUGUCACAAUGUAAACGAGAAAGUGGUGUUAUUCUCGCGAUAUAACAACGAUGCUUAUGCUGGUCAACGAAUCAUUUUGCAGGCAGUGAACAAAGUGGAUAAGAGAAAUACAAUUUCCCCUAUUUGUGCAAUAACACUGGGUAGUAUUACCCAAGGUGGCCUAAGCUGGACUCGAUCAUUCUCCCAGCAUGGUGAGGGCGAGGAGUCUCUUCAACUGAAAGCACUCUGCAGCAGUAAUGGAUCCUACGUGGUCAGUGUUAAAGCGCAACUGGGAGAAAUAGAAUCUUAGCAGAGUGGGUUAUCUACGGAGUUUGCCUGUCACAAAUUUUAGGCAUAUGAUUUUCAUAUUUUGAAAUGAAAAAGAGAAAAGGGACUAGUGAUUGUACCGUAAAUUUAGCUUUUCCUCCAACUUUUCAUUUAGAGGCUUAGUCUUAGUCUCAUGAAGAAUUGAGAUUCAGAAGCUGUACCUUAUCUAAUUGGAUUGGCAGUGACCGCUGAUUUUUUGAAACAUUUUGUUUGAUUCUGCA